UGAGCUUUUCAGAGAUGUUGGGUUGAGUUCCUCCCUCCAGAAAUGAGUCAUUGUUAUGGUCUUUAUGUUUCCAUGUCAGUCCCUGCGUAAAGCCACAACAGUGGUGAGUUGGGCUGUACAGUAUGUACAGACACUGCUGUGUCACUCUGCUGUGACAUUAACAUGCUGCUUGUGCUCCAGCCCACCAGCAGGGAGCACCAGAUACCCAGUUCAGCAUGCGCAGGCCUUCACUGGCUCACCAGUCUGUCCAUCAUCUGCUGUGCUGAUGUUGGUUAACAUCUGGCCGCAGAAGGCAGCUGAACUCAGCUGUGUUGUUGCAGAAACAGCAGAGCAACGUUCACACCACAGGUUUCCUCUCUGAGAUACUUCAUAUAUUUCAGGUUCAGCACAGAGCCACGGUCACUGUCCAGGCCAUGUGAUGUACGUCCUGUGUGAUAUGUCCUGCUGCAGCCUCAGUGGACAUCUGUGCUCCAGGGUUUCUGUCCCCUGGGCCCGAUGCUCCCAGUCGUCUCUCCUGCCAAGGUUACAGCGUGUCCUGCAGCUCAGGCACGUAUCUGCCACUUAUUUCCAUCUGUGUUCAUGGCUUUGAGUGUCACACUGUGAGGCCAAAAAUAACAAGAGACUGAGAAACACCAUCCAGGUCUGACACUAGGUGACACGCAAAGCCACACUAAACAGUCUGACAGUUUCCUGAGGAACCGGUGGUUUUGGAUUGAAGUAAUGCAACACUUUGGAAAAUCCCUGUCUUUCUCUCUGUUCAGACCCCUGUGCAAUAGCGAUGCUCCCGGCUGGGACUAAAUAAGGAGCGUAGACAAAGCUGGUUAAACAAGGCACUAUGUGUGUCUGAUUUUUAAUCAAAAUAAACAGUUUGAUUCCGUUUACUAAUUCAUAGAACCAGGAUUGUAAUUGUUUUGAUUUGAUUUUUACAUGUAUUCCAAAUGUACCACCCCUGACUCAUUGAGUCUGUGCACCAGCCUGGCCACACUGCCCAAAUAUUAUAGAGCCACUGACUCUGGUUUUCACAUCCUGUCAGUUAAUAUAAACCUACCUGUCACUUUCAGGUCAGUUGCCUGUUUUUGUUUAUUUGUUUGUUUUACAUCCACCUCCCCAUUUUGUGGCGGUGCUUCCGGUUCUACUGUCUGUGUCCUGUUAUUACAUGGAAGUCACACACGUGAGAUUUUCAUGACGUAAAGACUGAAAUAACGGUCGAGCUCUCACUGUAGCAGCUUUAAUUCAUUUCAUUUACUAACCCAGUUUCUCUCUCCCCACCCCCGCCCUCCCCUGUCCACCGGUCCGUACCGAUUGACAGAGACCAGACAUGCACGGCGCUGUGUCGGUGGCGCGCCCCGGUUCCUUCCUACCGGAGUGUGCGGGCAGAGCUGCAGCGGAGCGUCUGAGAGGAGACAGACGGAGGAUGGUCUCCAGCUUCACCUGCACCGGGAUUUAUUGACGACUCGACCGCGGAGCCUGUGUCGGAUUCUCCACCGUAUGAACCACCGGAACCACCAAACGGGAGCUGCUGCUCUGAAACAGUGAGUGUCCUCUCUCCUCACCGACCUACGAAGUCUGAUGUCAUGAGCAGGCGGACUGUGAUUGUGGCUGUGACUGGAUGAGCCUGUCUCUUCCCCAUCCAUAGAUCCAUCAGCCAGAGGAAGGAUCUGAUGAGAGGACUGCAGCGAGAGGAGAAGAGAAACCACCUGCAAUGGCCAGCGCAGCCGAUGGAGUCGGCAGUCUGGGUGCAGAGCAGAACCAUCUGAGUGUCCCUGUCACUGACCACGGAGCCUGGGCCACAGCCAUGAACAACCUGGGUAUUGUGCCCGUGGGCAUCGGCGGGCAGCAGCUCGUCUCAGACUCUCUGUGCAUCCAGAGAUUUAACACCGGGCUGGGCCUCAUUGCACCCAUAAACCCCAUGAUGGCGGGCAUCAGCCUGGUGCCUCCUCCUCCCAUACCCCCCGACAUGCCGGUCAUCAAGGAGAUUAUCCACUGCAAGAGCUGCACUCUGUUCCCUCAGAACCCCAACUUGCCCCCUCCAUCGACACGGGAGCGUCCCCCCGGCUGUAAGACGGUGUUUGUUGGAGGUUUGCCUGAGAGCGCCACAGAGGAAAUCAUCAGGGAGGUGUUCAACCAGUGCGGGGAGAUCAAUGCCAUCCGCAAGAGCAAGAAGAACUUCUGCCACAUCCGCUUCAGUGAGGAGUUCAUGGUGGACAAGGCUAUUUACCUGUCAGGUUAUCGGAUGCGCAUCGGGUCCAGCACAGAUAAAAAGGACUCAGGGAGGAUCCAUGUGGACUUUGCCCAAGCCCGAGACGACCUCUAUGAAUGGGAGUGCAAACAACGUUUGCUGGCCAGAGAGGAAAGACACCGGCGCAAGAUCCACGAAGACCGCCUACGCCCGCCGUCUCCACCCCCCAUCGUGCACUACUCUGAACACGAGGCGGCGCUGUUAGCAGAAAGGCUGAAAGAUGACCACAAGUUCAGCGAGGCCACGGCGGUGCUCUUCACUUGGGUCGACCGGGGUGAGGUCAACCGCCGUACCGCAAAUCACUUCUACUCUAUGAUCCAGUCGGCCAACAGCCACGUGCGGAGGUUGAUGAGUGAGAAAGCUCAGCACGAGGAGGAGCUAGAGCGCGCCAAAGAGGCCUUCAAGAACGCCCUGCUGGCCAUUUUAACACAGUUCGAGCAGAUCACCGCCGUUUUCACCGCUGCCACCAGGCAAAAGGCAUGGGACCAUUUCUCUAAAGCACAGCGCAAGAACAUAGACAUUUGGCGCAAGCAGUGUGAGGAGCUGAGAAACGCUCACAGCGAAGAGAUCAUGGGCAUCAGACGGGAGGAGGAGAUGGAGAUGUCCGAUGACGAUUCAGAUGAAAAUCCCUCUAAGAAGAUGUGCACUGAGGAAAAUGGAGUGUGUGAUCAGACUCAGGCCUCGCUGAAGGAGGAGAACGACUCCCUGCGCUGGCAGCUCGAUGCCUACAGGAAUGAGGUGGAGCUCCUGAGGAAGGAGCAGAGCAAAGCGGGCCGUGCGGAUGACAACCACACAUGUGCACAAACGCACACACACAGUCCUGAGGCUCAGAUCCAGCUGCUGCAGCAGAGCAUGCACAACAUGCAGCAGCAACUCCUGAGCCUGCAGGAGAAGCUGACGAGCAAAGAAGCCGAGCUGGAGCAGACGCGAGAGGAGCAUCGCCACCUGGAGGGGGAGGUGCUCAGCCUCCGAGACAAGCUGCUCAGCGACACUGGGGAGCCCGUGGAGGGCACCAACGGAGAGCUGCAUGAAAAGGGGAUGAACGGCUGCAUCCCUUCGCUGUACCUCAGCAGAGACCGGAGGAGCGAGGUCAUCAUGAAAGGAGGGGUUGCAUCGGAAAAAGAGGCGCUGCUGCUGGGUAUCAUAUCAACGUUCCUCCACGUCCAUCCAUUUGGAGCCAACCUCGAGUACCUGUGGUCGUACAUACAGAGACUGGACUCAAAGGUUUCAACAGGGGAGCUGGAGCGUCUCAUGGUCCGUCUGCCCAGUAUGUUCAGGCAGGAGCUGAGCGGCGUCGGUGCAACUCUGGAGAAACGCUGGAAGUUCUGUGGUUUCGACAGCCUAAGUUCGGCAUAACACAGGGAGAACACACACACACACUGGGAAAACACACCAACGUGAGCGGAUGUACACGACACCUCAGACCUUUAAUCUGUGUGUGUAUAUGUGUGUGUUCUUUCAUCCCAAAUCAGACACUGGAAACUGCAGAAAAGACGUGUCAUGGAAAUUCUUGUACUGUAUGUUUUGGGAGCUGC